AUGGGGUCUACUCUCUGGGAUCUCAUCACCAAGUACUCCUCUCUCUACAAAUUGCUGCGCAUAACAGCAAUUUGUCAACGUGUUGUUGCUCGGAUGAGGAGGAAACCAGGUGAAACUCUCGUGUAUCCACUCAGUCCUGAUGGCAUCGAGGCAGCUAGGCUGUAUUGGGUCAGAGCCACUCAGGCUCAUUAUCUGCAGUCGGAGUGCAGCAUUAUCUAUCGUGGUCAACAACUUGGGAGGUCUCAUCCGUUGACCAAACUGACUGCCUUCAUGGACCAUCAAGGUGUUCUCCGAGUGGGCGGAAGAUUGAAGUUCUCUAACCUGCACCCAGAGAGUAAACAACAAGCGAUCGUCCCUAAAGAUUCCGAGCUGGCUGAACUUCUCAUUAGGGACUCUCAUCAGCGAACGUUGCAUGGUGGAACUCAACUCACGUUGACGCAUCUCAGGAGGUCUUACUGGAUUAUUGGAGGAAGAGCGCCAGUAAGAUCCUUCAUUCUCAAGUGCAUGGAAUGUGCCCGCCAACGUGGAGUACGUGCUCAGCAACUGAUGGUGCAGCUUCAACCGGCACGUCUGUCUCCAGGACGUACCUUCUCUAAUACUGGUGUAGAUUAA